GCUCUCCCGGACGUGAGUUUUGUCUGUGAGACAGAAGCCUCUUGGCGUCAGGGUUGCCGCAUAAGAGAUAAAGCCGGAGGAGGUGAACGAACCUCUCGAAGGUGCCAGUAAGUAAGAUGGCCAGACCGGCAGGAGAGGGCACAGCGAUCGAUAGCGCAGCGCUCGGCGCGGCGUCCUUGGCGCGUGCGCAGUGGGUGUGUGCUCGGAGCGAUCGAUCGGGCAGAAUUGGCGCCUCCAUUUUUCUGGAAGAGCAGGAGACCCGGAGAGCUGGACUCGCGGCUGGCAGAGAAUUUUUUUCCUCUUCUUCAAGAUGUACAGAACCAAAGUGGGCUUGAAGGACCGCCAGCAGCUCUACAAGUUGAUCAUUAGCCAGCUGCUCUAUGACGGCUACAUCAGCAUUGCUAAUGGCCUCAUCAAUGAAAUCAAGCCCCAGUCUGUUUGUGCACCCUCGGAGCAGCUCCUGCACCUCAUCAAACUAGGAAUGGAAAAUGAUGAUACUGCUGUUCAGUAUGCAAUUGGUCGUUCAGAUACCGUUGCCCCAGGCACGGGAAUUGACCUGGAAUUCGAUGCAGAUGUCCAAACCAUGUCCCCAGAGGCUUCAGAGUAUGAAACCUGCUAUGUCACAUCCCAUAAAGGACCAUGCCGAGUAGCUACCUAUAGUAGAGAUGGACAGCUAAUAGCUACUGGGUCUGCUGAUGCCUCCAUAAAGAUCCUCGACACGGAAAGAAUGUUAGCCAAAAGUGCCAUGCCAAUAGAGGUUAUGAUGAAUGAGACUGCACAACAGAAUAUGGAAAACCACCCAGUGAUCCGGACUCUUUAUGACCAUGUGGAUGAAGUCACAUGUCUCGCUUUCCACCCAACAGAACAGAUCCUGGCUUCUGGUUCAAGGGAUUACACUCUUAAGUUAUUCGAUUAUUCCAAACCAUCUGCAAAAAGAGCCUUCAAGUACAUUCAGGAAGCUGAAAUGUUACGCUCCAUCUCUUUUCAUCCAUCUGGAGACUUUAUACUUGUGGGGACUCAGCAUCCUACUCUUCGGCUUUAUGAUAUCAACACAUUUCAAUGUUUUGUGUCUUGCAAUCCUCAAGAUCAACACACCGAUGCCAUAUGUUCCGUUAAUUACAACCCUAGUGCCAACAUGUAUGUGACUGGUAGCAAGGAUGGCUGCAUAAAGUUGUGGGAUGGUGUCUCGAACCGAUGCAUCACAACUUUUGAGAAAGCACACGACGGCGCUGAAGUUUGUUCUGCCAUUUUUUCCAAAAAUUCUAAAUACAUUCUUUCAAGUGGAAAAGACUCUGUAGCUAAACUUUGGGAAAUAUCAACAGGACGAACUCUGGUCAGAUACACGGGCGCUGGCUUGAGCGGGCGGCAGGUGCACCGGACACAGGCCGUCUUCAACCACACAGAGGACUACGUGCUGCUGCCCGACGAGAGGACCAUCAGCCUGUGCUGCUGGGACUCGCGCACGGCCGAGCGCCGGAACCUGCUGUCCCUGGGCCACAACAACAUCGUGCGCUGCAUCGUGCACUCGCCCACCAACCCCGGCUUCAUGACCUGCAGCGAUGACUUCCGGGCCCGCUUCUGGUACCGGAGAUCAACCACGGACUAGGGCCCCGGCCUUAAAUACGGUUCUUUUCUCCAGGACUCUGCCCCUCCCUCCCCUGUGUCCCGUCACCAGCCUCCGUAGUAAGUCAUUGGACCACCUUUGGCAGUCAGCUGCCACCUCUACACCCUUGGAUUUGCACAAAAGGCUCUUUUUUUACCUUGAUGUGGAAUCAUGGUGGGAAAAGUGGGAAAUGCAGACUUGUGCAGCUCUGCAUUCACUGAUUAUCACAGUGUGAUUUUCAUCGGUUUUGUAAAUACAGGACUUGCACCUUCUCUGAAUCUCUUGGUCGUUUGAAGAAGGGUAGAGUAUUAAAGUGCUCUCCAGGUCUCAGGUGGAUCUGUCCUGAGGAAUUCUGAUUGGGCUCUUUUGUCAUCUUCGUGCCUGUUCCACAUCUUCUGUGCAUUUCCUUUCAGAAUGCAUUUUGGCAGAUAAGUAGGCACACUGCCUAAGAAUCGAGUUUCCUACUCUAUUAAACCAUUUUAGAGAAUCAAUUCUCCUCUGAAAUGACGUCCUAAUAAUAAAGCUCAGACCUGCAGCUUUACUGUUACACAUUUUCACUUCAGUAACAUUAGCGGCCAGUUUUUCUGAAGAUGUACAGGAGCAUCUUUCAUCAAACCUCCCACAUUGGCUUUUCGUUACCUGCAGUGCUCGUCUUCAGUAAAUGCGUUUCCCAUCAAAUGCUGCCUUGCUGUCAGUCUAAUCAAAAUUAGGUGGUCCCACCACUGCCCUCAGGUGUUGCUUGUCUUCAUGAGUGAUUAGUAUUGACUGACUUUGUUCUUACCAUUUUAAAUCUUAUUUUUCAGCUUGAACCUUAACUACUCAUUGUGGACACAUGGCAGCUGUGUUCUCAGAAGAUUUUUGCGAUUAACUGAUAACAAGUUUCCUUUUUCUUGAAAUUUUUUAGAAGGGGACAAUAUUUCUCUGGAUUCGGCUCCAGCUGGGUCGGAGAACCCUAAACUCCCCUCACCAAGAUAACUUGGGUUUAUAUUCAUCCCCAAAUAUAAAUACCUCAUGAUCGGGGUGGGAGUACCCAGAGAUAUAAUCUGGGAAUAUUAGGUAAAAAAAAAAACUAAAUAGGUGAAAGUAAUUGUUUUUAUGUUACAGGAAUUUUAAGUCUUUGGGAGUUUAUUGCAUAAAAAUUCUGCUUUAGUCAUCCUUAAGGGUCAUUUGAAUUCUCUGGUCAACAAAAUGAUCUUCCACAUUCUUAAUGUGUUAAGUCACAGCACUUUGGCUCACAUUUACAAAGACCUAUCUUUUUUGCUGCAUAGUGAGUAAAUUUAUUUUUAUUUUGUGUCCUGAUUCCCUCCUGUUUGAACUAAGACAUUGAAGGGCGCUACUCUUGUAAAAGAGACCGAUUGACCAGGAACAAGGAUAACCAGUGCUACCAAAAAAAUUACCAAACAGGACUUCCCACUCUUUUGACUUUUCUUUUGCUUCCAACCUGUGAAACUAAAGGAGAGGUUUGGCGUUUCCGCCUUGUUCUGCUCUAGCUCGCUCGCCGGGAUGCCCACACCGCACUCCUGAUGUAAGUCCCAUUGGAUCCUUUUAGUUGUUCAUGAAUUAAAAUGCUAAUACAUACUCUUCCCAGUGUUUGGAAUAGUCUCAGCAAUGGAUCUGUAGUUUCAGGACUUCUGUUUACAAGAUCAAGAUACUUUUGUGUUUCCAAAAUGAACUUUCUUAUCUUUGUUUUUCUCUUAAAAAUUACAUUAAUGUUUUGAACUGGUAUAAAUGCCAGGAGUAUUUCAUGGACUUGGUAUCUGCACAUAAUUAAUUGUACCACGCCACCCUUGGCAUUCACAUGGUGGAUAAUACCCAGUCAGGAUAAGAACUUUAAACUGCUAUGUUAUUUUUUAAAGAUACGUGAUUUCUAAAAUAAACUUUUUGUAUAUAAUGGUAAUUUAAAGCUA